GAGGAGGAUGCAGAGAGACUGUGGCUUGUAGCCUUUUACUAGCACUGAAGCUCCAGUCAGGCCACCGCCACCGAGGAAGAGAAAGAAUAGUGACAGACCACGCUGUCAGACAAGCCGGUUAACCUCGCAGUGUCGGCCUGCUGACUGACAGACCGCCAAACAGCCGGCCCCCUGAGCUGGUGGGCCCCCUCUCAUCUCCAGCCCUGGUUGGUGGAGACCUUGGAGACACUGGUCUGUCCUGUCCUGUCAUGGCAUCCAACAGCAUCUUUGACUCUUUCUCCAACUACAGCAGCAGUCUACUUAGAGAGCCGCCCACCACUAGACGGUUCACACCGCCCUCCACGUCCUUCCCCUGCAGUAAGAUCGGUGACGGCAACGGGCCCAUGGCCACCCCGGGGCCCCUGCGGACGCGGCCAGACAACAGGAACGUGGUGGACGUCUUGGCAGACCACGCCGGGGAGCUGGUGCGCACUGACAGCCCCAACUUCCUCUGCUCCGUGCUGCCGUCUCACUGGCGGUGCAACAAGACGCUCCCCGUGGCUUUUAAGGUCGUUGCGCUCGGAGACGUUCCCGACGGGACGCUGGUAACCGUCAUGGCCGGGAACGAUGAGAAUUAUUCGGCUGAGCUUCGAAACGCCUCCGCGGUGAUGAAGAACCAGGUAGCCCGCUUCAACGACCUCCGCUUCGUGGGCAGGAGCGGACGAGGGAAGAGCUUCACCCUGACAAUCACCGUGUUCACCGGACCGCCGCAGGUGGCCACCUAUCACCGCGCCAUUAAAGUCACUGUGGACGGACCCCGGGAACCCCGCAGGCACAGAGUGAAGAUGGAAGACACCACAAAGAUGCAGUUCUCUGACCGGCUAUCAGAAAUCGAGCGCUACCAGCGGACUAUGCGGAUAGGCCCAGUGAACAACAACCCUCGCCCCAUCCAUCAGACGCAUCUCAGCACCACGCAAGGUUUGUGGCCUGAGCAGAUGGACACCCCCACUCUGAAGACAUGUAAGGUGGAGGAGGAUCUGAGGUCAUGGCCAGGGACUACAGAUCUCUUCCCACAGAGGACCACCUUUCCGUCUCUGUCCCCACUGACGGACCCUCGCUUCUCAGACCACCGUAUGCACUACUACCCGGGGGCCUUCCCUUCCCCUGCCAACACCUCCAGCACCGGCAUCAGCGGCCUGAGCAUGUCUGCCUCCUCCAGAUACCACACCUACCUGCCGCCCCCGUACUCAAAUAACCAGUCUCAAAACUUCCAGUCCAACUCUUACCUGUAUUAUGGUACGGGCUCCGGAUCCUACCAGUUCUCUAUGGUGGCGCCAGGGAACACCGGAGGGGAGCGCUCCCCCACCCGGCUCCUGUCGUGCUCGGGGGCCACGGGCACUGGAGGGAACAAUAGCCUGAUGAACCCGGGCCUGAACACCCAAAGUGAGGGCGUGGAGGCGGACGGCAGCCACAGCAACUCCCCGACGGCCAUGAGCGCUUCGGGUCGCUUGGAUGAGUCCGUCUGGAGGCCAUAUUGACUGAAAAAGAGCUGAAGAUCGGGAGAAGAGAAGGCGGAGAAGGAAAGAUAUAACAAAGCCGAACACUGAAAGAAGAAAAAAAAAAAAAAAAUGUUGCAUGUUUGCCUCUUUUCUCGCUUUAAAGACUAUUGCUUUUACUUUUUAAAGACAAUUUGUAAUUUCUGAGUGAACUCUUGCACUGCGCUGAAACUUGUACUCUAAGACCUAAAGCCAUACGAGUGGAGACGACAUUCAGCGGAGACUGUAAAUAAUACUUAGAAAGCCAUCGCCGUGAUGUAGACAGGUACUCAAAGUCAAACGAACAACAGCGUGGAGGUACAAACAAUCAGUACAGCUGAUGAGCUGAAAACCACAGCAGACAUUCAUCAAACAAACUGAUGCAACUCAUUUGGCUGCUGCAGAAGAGAAGUCAAACUGGUUUUCUGCUCCAUGACCGACUCCUCGCAAAGCAUGGCUGCACUGCUGUAGCAAUCGGUCCUUUUAAGCUUUUCAUUUUUGUAAAAAAUUUGCAUCAGAUGUAAAAAUGUUUUUCUAAGCAUACAGGGCUGUUUCAUGUGCUCAGAGUACUUCUGCAGAACCUAUUGGUCUAUUUAUUAUCCACAACGAGACAUUCGCCUUUUGGUUAGAGAUGAAAUGUCUCAGAACAAUUGCUGCAUUAUUUAGAGAGAAGCCUUUUUUCAAGUUUCCGAAAGGAAUUCUCUGCUGUUUCAUCAGUGUAUCGCGUUCGAGCAGGACAAAAUAUGAUAAUUGAAGGAAUGUCAAAGGCAAAUAUGGUUCGAUUUAUUUUAUGCAGAUAAGUCUAGUCCUGUUGUCUGUACUCAGAAAUUUUCCAACUUCUCUCUCUACUUCUUUUUUUCCCCCGAAAGGUUUUAAAGACCUUGUCUGAAUUUAUUUCCUCUAUUAUUUUAACUGGAUGACGUGGUUAACUCUUGAUAUUUAUUUGAGCCAAAAUUUGGGGAAAUGUAUGCAAAUACCCCAAAUCCUUAAUCGUUUAUCUUUCAUUCUUCCUUUUUUUUAUAAGCAUUUAAGCAGUAUAUAUACCAUGUUUGUUAAGUAUGAAUUUGGAGUUUUUGUAAUAUAUUGCAACUAAAUUAUGAAAAAAAAAAUACUUUUAACGUAACUUUGUUGCCUUCCAAUGUAGCUUUGGUGCACUAAAACCUUUAUUCCAAAUGAACUA